UAGAUUCGCCUGCAGUCACAUGUGUCCAGCAGAAUGUAAGCACAAACCUAAACAAGUCAUGGAUUCUUCCCUAAAGAAGAAAUUAGUCUACAACGAUAAUACAAGCCAAGCAUUCAUUUAAUAUCUUCUCAUUUAGAAAUAUGCCAUAGAGAAGGAUGUUUCCAACUGGAUGUACUGAGCAGCAUUAUUCAAACUGGUCCAACCGACCAGUGGGAGCGCGACACAUUCCACCACAGCAGUACCCAUCAUCGCCAGGAUCCAACCGUUUCCCGUCAUCUAGAUACAAUGGUGGCCUCUGCAACCCGCCACCAUUCCACAUGCCCUGUCCCCCGAGGUGGCCCAGUGGGCCGGACGGCCGUCAGUCCUCCAUGGAGCAGUUCCACACGGACCCCUUUUUUAGGCCUGGAUGUACAUACUUCUUCCCUCAUGAAGGCAACAACAACAUCUUCAUCCCUCCUGGUUACAACAGCAGUCCAACACCAUUCCCCAUGGUAACUAUACAGACCUGGCAGCACUACUGGGAUCACUUUUCUACAGACCAGUACGACCUGGCACCCAGCAGUUUGCUAGCUGAUCUUGAAAGCUACGCAACCGAAGACUGGCUCUGCAAUGAUAUCAUAGAGACAGACACACAUUUCCUCCCACAGUAUGAUCCAGAGCUUGCCCCCCCAUUCAGCCAGGUCAUGCCCACCACGAGCGAGGAGCAGUGCAACAUUAUUGUGGAAAAUAUGCAUGUUGACAAUAUGACGAUAGCUGACCUUGUUCCUGGAAAGGAUCCAGAGAAGACCCGCAACACACUAGUGUCAUCUAAGGAGUCCAUUCACAAAAAUAAUGGAGAACUCAUUAUCUGGGAGACAGAAAUACCACAGCAUCAGGCUGCAGCAUUUCUUGGAAAAGAAGGGCAGUAUUUGAAGUUUGUGAAGCAGCGCUGUGGUGGACUGGUCUACAUGUCCAAACAUCCUCGUACCCAGGACUAUGUGGUCUGUAACAUAAUGGGCACAAAGAACCAAGUGUAUAAAGCACUGGACUUGAUUAAGAAAAGGGUAAAAUGUCAGGACCUGAAAAACAUCUACUCUCCACCUACUGUGACCUUUGGGGGAUGUCUAAAUAAGACCAGACCCCAUAAAAGAUCAACAUGGACAUGAUAAGGCCAGCAGUGAGGACUGUCUGAGUCAGGGAGCUCUGCAGUGCCCGAGAGCUAGAAGACCUUUCAUCAGCGGUCUCAGAGAGCUCAACAGAGCUAUGAUGUUAAAGACAUUUUACUGUGUUCACUGCAUUGUAUUGAUGUCUAGUUACCCUACGAAUGAUAAUGUAUUUGCGUCUCAGG